AUGCAGUCGCUGCAGGACAAGGCGUCGGAGUGGAGCGGCGUGGCGGCCGCCGAUGCCUUCGCCAUCGACGACGUCAACAUAUUCGAGUCCCUCGGCGGCACUCCGCAGCCCUUCGUCGACCUCUCCACCAAUUUCUACACCAGGGUUUAUGAGGACGAGGAGGAGUGGUUUCGGGAGAUAUUCGCGGGGUCCAAGAAGGAGGAUGCCAUCCAGAACCAGUAUGAGUUCCUGAUCCAGCGCAUGGGCGGCCCGCCUCUCUUCUCCCAGAGGAGAGGACACCCUGCCCUUAUAGGAAGACAUCGACCGUUCCUGGUUACCCACCGAGCGGCAGAGCGGUGGCUACACCACAUGCAACAAGCUUUGGAUGCAACUGAAAGCAUAGAUGUGGACUCAAAAACCAAAAUGACGAACUUUUUUAGGCACACCGCUUACUUCAUCGUUGCUGGCAAUGAGAUGACAAGGCAACAGGGCCAUGGAGUAGCCUGCAAACAUGCAACAAGUAAACCAGCUGAGUAA